AUGCCAGGAGAUGACGAGGUCGAGAGAGUGGGCGAGAUCAGCGAUAAAGGAGGAAUAAUGUGCCUGGAGUGCAAGGAGGCAGUGAAGGCCCUUAUUGAUACUUUGCUUCUGUAUUCAGCGGUGACUGCGACCUUGUUGAAUGUGGAUACAAUGUUGAUAGUCCGCAAUUAUCUUCCGGAAAAUCAGGUCUUCAGCAGGUGCACCAAGCUGUAUUUCUUCGUGCAAAUCAAUAAGGAACUGAAAUUUCAGCUGGAUGAUCAUCGGUUGAUAAGGGACACUGAGGAGGUGAUAGAUAAUGGCUGCAAGGAGACUCAGGAGUUCAACACGAGCUGCCGCCACCUGCUUCGCUGGUAUAUAUAUCUACCUAAUAAAUUGGCCACUGAUGAGCCGAGGUCAGUGAAAGUGUUUGAGCGCUCGCUGCUGGACCAGAUGUCCUUUGAGCACCAUAGCGCCACUAGAGGGAACUACAAUCUGUUAACACCUGUCUUCACAAUGGCUGAUGCAGCUGCCGAUGGACGAGAGUCAGUGGAAUCAACAUCAGAAAAACACCCGGGUCCGAGCUCAGGAAUCUCCGAACUCCUGGCAUACUGGAACGAUUUCAAGCUGCUGCAGUUGAUUGACUUCUACCGGGACAGGCUGGAGCAGGCGAUCGAAGGAGUGGUGCACGGAAUGAGCCUGGCGUUAACGUUCAAGGAUGAGCUCAGUGGAGAGGAACAUCGGGUAAGGUGUGCACCGUACGAGAGAUCAAACCCCAAUUUACGGGAGAUUCCCAGUCAGCUGAAAGCCGUGCAUUAUCUCUGCUCAGCCGUGCCACACCCCAUCUCUUUUGUCUUCAUCGCUUCCCUUACUGAAACACCUAAAUCCAGGCGCUAUGUUCAACAGAAACACAUGGAUACUCUGCGGGCACAAACUGAGACACUGAGAGUGAACACGAUCCUGAUGAGGGAGAAGGUGAAGGUUUUCCAGCUGGCUGAUCGAUACGCUGAGCUCACGGUCAUUUCUACAAUUCGUGAUCGGAGACUGGUGGAACAUGAACUACUAGCAAGGGGCAGAGACCACGAGCAGUGGAGAAAACAACAUCUCUGCAGAGAGCUGGAAAAACUCCGGACUGAUCAGUUGUUCCAGAGCAGCUUUUCCCAAAGCAAAUACAAAUCUGCGAGUUCGGCAGCAUUAGCUGGAGUCCCAGGAAUCGGGAAAACAACAAUGGUGCAAAAGAUUGUUUAUGACUGGGCCACUGGGAAGAUAUACCAACAAUUCCAAUUUGUCUUCAGUUUCAAAUUCCGGGACCUAAACUCCAUUAACUGUAGAAUAAACCUGAGAGACCUGAUUCUGGAUCAGUACACUUACUUUGGGAAUAUCCUGAGAGAGGUCUGGAAAAACCCAAAGGGAUUGCUGUUUAUAUUCGAUGGUUUGGAUGAAUUCAAACAUAAAAUCGAUUUUUCUGACAGUCGGAGAGAUACAGAACCCAAACACCAGUGCCCAGAUCCCGAGUGGUGGUGUGAAGUGUCUGACAUUGUGUACAGUUUAAUCCAGGGCAAGCUGCUCCCAGGGUGUUCAGUGCUGGUGACAACCCGCCCCUCUGCAUUACAUUUAUUGGAAAAGGCAGAGAUCAGUGUCUGGGCUGAAAUCCUGGGAUUUGUCGAAGAAGAACGGAAGGAAUAUUUCAUCAGGCAUUUUGAAGAUACGACAGUAGCAGAAGCUGUUUUCAAACACGUUGAGGAGAACGAGAUCCUGUACACCAUGAGCUACAACCCUUCCUACUGCUGUAUCCUCGCUCUGGCACUGGGCCCCUUCUUGCGAAGAGACAUGGACCCGCAGCGAGUUCCCAAGACCAUCACCCAACUAUAUUCCUACUAUAUAUACAACAUACUGAAAAACCACGGCUGUGAGAUUGAUAACCCACGUGAUGUGUUGCUCAGGGUUGGUCAGAUGGCCUUCAGAGGAGUGUUUGACAAGAAGGUUGUAUUUAGAAAUGGAGAUUUGAUCAACUACAAUCUGCAGCCUUCCCAGUUCCUGUCCGGGUUCCUGAUGGAGCUUUUGGAAAGAGAGGAUUCUCCCCGUUGUGUGGUGUACACAUUCCCACACUUCACUAUCCAAGAGUUUGUAGCUGCACUUGCGCAAUUUAUGAAUCCACAUCCCGGGGAUAUCCUGAAAUUCCUCACUGAAGCCCACAAUACGACAGAUGGGCGAUUUGAGGUAUUUCUCCGUUUUGUUGCUGGUCUCUCCUCCCCAAUGACAGCUCGGGGCCUGGAGGAGUUUCUGGGUCCAUUUCCUCAUCAAACAACCUGCCGGGUGAUUGACUGGGUGAAGGAGGAUGUUAAACGCCAGAGUGGAAACACAAGGAGUGAAGCUGGUAAAAGGAGCCUCCUGAACACAUUGCACUACCUGUUUGAGUCUCAGAAUAGUGGACUGGCUCAGGCCGCACUGGGGUCUGUAGAAAAACUGUCAUUCAGUGGAAUGACACUGACCCCGAUUGACUGCGCGGUCCUGUCUCAUGUCAUUGGACUGUGUGAUACAAUACAACACCUCGACCUGUCGGCAGUAAUUCAGUAUGAAGGGAUCCAGCGGCUGUUACCCGGGCUGCACAAGUGCCAGGAGUUGGGGCUGAGCAAUGUCGGAAUCACAGACUCUGGCGCCGAGCAUCUUGCCUCCGCUCUCAGUACAAACAGAUCACUGACGGUGCUGAACCUGAAUGAAAAUGCACUAGGAGAUUCAGGAGUAAAACUGAUGUCUGAGGCUCUGAGGAACACAGAGUGUAAAAUAGAGAAACUGUGGUUGUAUAAGGUCGGUCUCACUGAUUCUGGUGUCGAUUACCUCGGCUCCGCUCUCAGUGAAAAUCAGUCUCUUACGGAGCUGGAUUUAGGAUCAAACUCGCUCACAGACCAAUCUGCCCCCGUUCUUCGUCGCCUCAUAAUGGCCCUCCCGAGUCUGGAGCAGAUCUGGUACAUGCUCAAGGAGGCUGCAACCGAUGGUGACUCUGCCAACGUAGAGGAGUACACGGCAUCAGUGACCAGCUACAUCAGCAAGUGCAUCGACGACGUCACUGUGGCCAAGAUCAACACUGCACGCGCUAAGCAGAAGCCAUGGAUGACGGCGUAG